AUGGGCUGGAAGGUGGGGGAUCACAUUGGGGUCGCCACGACUUCUCGGGGCAAGUCCACGGAGCACCGGAUUGUGGACAUAGGUCCCCCGGACGAGUGGCGCCUUGACCUCUGCUGUGCCCGAGCAGGCGUUGAGCGCUACGAUGCUCCUGCCAAUGCGAUUGACGGGUACGAAGACACUCAAUGGUCGAGUUGGUGUGCUCCUUAUUGCACAGGUGAAGAGCACUGGAUCGAGGUGCAGCUGGCGGCGCCAAGCGAUGUUACCCGCGUGCAGCUUCUGUGGGACACCAACCGCGACGCCCCUGUCUACACGGCCGGCCAGAUGAAGAAACCCAAAGCUCCCACGAGCUCCCAGGACUGUUCGCGAACGGUCCGGAAGGAAGCGAAGGGAGGCGGCUGGCAGGAAGUAUCAAUGGGCCUUCCUGCUUUCGGCACACACCUUCGUGUCACUGCCGACUACAACAGCCUGUCCCGACGCGCCGAUUGGCAUCCUCCCUGGGCUGGGGUUUGGCUCUACGAGAUCCGCGCCUACGGGAAGGAGGUCAACGCCACGGUGUCCAACGUGCUGUACUUGGACACCCCGCUUGAAGCAGAUCACUGGGGAGGCCUCCGUGAGGUGGAGGGCUACUGGCUUGAAAUGGCUGCCGAAGUGGUGAACCUACAGCGUUCUGUCGUAAUCACUGGCGACCACUAUGAUUUCUCGACUUCGGCCAAAGGCCUCCACACCAUCAGCGCCCACGGGGGUGUCAUGGACAUCCGCUUUGCACGCGUGGAGUACUGUGGCCAGCGCAACUUCAUGGGCAAGUACUGUCUCCAUUUCCACCAUGCCGGGCAAUGCCCAGACUGCACCUUCAAGGGCAACGCGGUGUACCAGUCCGCGCAGAUUGGAAUUACCGUCCAUGGCACUCACCGCUCCCUCGUUGAGGGCAACGUUAUGUGGGAUACGUCCUCUGCAGGCGUCUAUGUGGAAGAUGGCAACGAGAUGUUCAACACCAUCAGUAACAACGUCAUCAUCUGCUCGGUACACUCCAAGUGCUCAACGCCAUGGGAUGUACAGCUGGACAAUGCUGCAGGAAUCUACAUGAUCGGGAUGACGAACAAUCUGAUCGAGAAUCGUGUGGCCGGCUUCGAGAACUGCAUCUGGACCCACGGCUCCAUCUACCUGAACGGCCAGGGCGCAGCCCUGGGCAAAGUCUGCCCGCAGAACACGCCUUUCGGGAUCUUCCGGGGCAAUGUUUGCCACGACAACAACCGCUUCGGGAUCUACCUCGACAACCAACGGCCUCGAAAUCUCGAGAGGGACGGGAAUGGCUUCGUCGCAGACAUGGGCACCUGCGGCGAGUUUACUACGGAUGGCCGCGACAACGGAGUGACCCCGGCCAAUGUCAUCGAAGACCAGUUUGACUGGCACAACGACUUCGUCGGCCAGUAUUCCAUGGGUGACAUCGCCUUCCUGCGCUUUGUGAGCGUCAACAAUGCGCACGACCUGUACUGGAAAGAGUCGAAGAACUUUGCCGAUGGACAAUCCCAUCACAUCCGGGACUCCUUGUUCCUUAGCGAUCCGAAGGACAGGACCAUCAUCAAGAUCGCCCUGAUUGCAGGUCCGGCGGGCCCGUUCACUUUCCGUAUCACGAACACCACCUUCGCGGGCGGCGGGCUGGGAUGCGGCGCGAUCUGCGCGGCUCAACACUGCGGCCUGGGCGGUGCAGGUGGCCCGUGCAAUGUGCAGUACCUGCUCACUGCGGUGAAUCUCACGAAGGUUCACGCUGGCGACAAGAAGAUCGGCUUCGGAAUCAGCACGGUGGACCUGGGCUACGUGCAGCCCAUGUUCCUCUCGCAAGACGACUCCCUGGGCGGCUACAGGUCCAUGGUCAGCAGGCACCUGAAUGGCUUCGCGAACCUUACCGGCUGCGAGGCCCUCGAGAGCGAGGAGUGGGACCGAGCGGUCGCCUGCUCGAUAGAGGUGCGUCGGCUGAAUCUCUGGAGCGCUGACCUCGGGGACUUGAAGCUGACGGGUCCUGGAUACGAUGUCGAGCCCAAUAACAGCACCAUCGUCAAGGGAAUGAAUGCGGGCAAGCUGAUUUGGGAGCCCAUGCAUCGUGGUUACGGUGCCGUUGUCGCCUUAGGGCACAACUACAGCGUUGCAGGCAACUUCCGCGGCGAUAUUGCCACAGAGCUGUCGGAUGUGGUUCUGGAGGAAGUCACCGGGCAGACGGAAGCAGUGAAGGUCACGAUCGGCAACUACACCUGUCAGGUGGCAGCUGCAGAUGAUCGCAGCUGGCUGGGUGUGCAGGGCCGUGCACCCUGGACGGCACCCAGCGUGUCCUGCCUCACACAGGCCUACGAGGCUUCCAGCUUGGUGAGGACCACCACAGCUGCCGCCACCACGCUCACGGCUACUACGACGGCUCCCGGGACAUGUGGCCUGGAGUCCGAGGUGCCCUGCUGCCCCGAUGGAAGCUGCACCGACCAGUGCCGAGGCUCUGAGUGUUGCCCUACGCCCGAGGGUACGAGGACCUGCCCAUCUGCCUCUGUGGUCGAGGCUCCGACCUGCGAGCUGGGGAAGCGGUACGAUUGCACUGGAAAGACGGGCGUCUCUGGCGCAUGCCAGUUCCCGAACCCUCCAACGAUUGGGUACUUCUGGGAUCCCUUCUGCCAUUUCGGCAAGCUGGGCUGCUUCGCCGAUGGUAAGAACGUGGAGUGCCGAUUCUGUGGCUCUGGGGCCUUCCAGGAAGUCCCAUGCCAAACGACGACAACAACAUCGACGAGUACCACGACGACCACGACUACGACCACCGCAGGCGCAUGUUCGGCCUUGGGGAACGUCCUCAAGCGCUGCUCCGAUGACGGCUGCACGGUGCUGGCCGGCGGAAUGCUGGGCAGGUCCUGCCAUGACUACUGUGAAGAGCAUCAUUUGCUCUGCGCUGGGGCGUGGGAGGAUUUGGACGACGGUUGUGAAGCCCUCACAUCCCUGUCGUGUACGGCCGUGUAUCAGGGCACCCCGGACCUCAUCUGCCAGUGCGCCCCAGUGCCGCCCCCGCCUUCGAUCUGGAUCCAGUACUCGGAUGGACAAUGCCUCAUGGCCAAGGAGUACAACCGCUCUGGAGCUGCAGUGAAUCUUCAUCGCUGCUUCCUGCCAGCUGUGCCUGCAGAGCAGUGGCUGCACCACCCUUCGACGGGGCAGCUGACCAAUGCAGAGGAGAGCUUGCGAUGCCUCCAUGCCGCCGAGAAGACGACCCCAGGCACGCUCCUCGUGAUGUGGCCUUGCUCUGAUGAGGAGCCGGCACAGAACUUCACGCUGGAUGAGGUCACCGGUCAGAUACGAACUGCAGGUGGCCUGUGCCUCGAGGUUCGCCCCAGGCCGGAUGUGGAGUGGAACGAGGUGGUUACCGCUGUCUGCACGUCCGAGGCCAACCAGAUGUGGUAUUGGGGCGAACAGCAGCUCGCCACCACAACCACCACUACCGGCUGGACGGCCUCCUGGGGCCGGCCCAGCCCCAGCCAAGCGGGGCUCCUGGAGCGGCAAAGCGGCAGCAAAUGCGCUGCGAGGAGCGGGGCGAGCUUGGUCACGGCGGACUGCGACGCAACCAGCUUGGACCAGUACAUUGCCUACAACCAGACAAUUCUGCAGCUGUCUGUGGCAAACGGCGAGUGCGUGCAGAGUGGAAGCAUCGUUGGGGCGGUCCUCACAGUGAGGCCAUGCGAGGACAUCAGGCUUCAGCGCUUCGCCUACGACCAGACGGCGGGUCUUGUGUGGAAUCCGUGGGGCCUUUGCGUGGAGGCAGUGGACACAGGUUCGGGACUUCGCAUGGCAGCUUGUGAUCCGGACAACUCCAGGCAGCAUUGGCGAAUCAACGGAAUCGCCACCACGACGCAGACGCCGGUCUCGAUGGGAUUCCACGUAAGGCUCAAGUCCGGCAUUUGCCUGGCGGCCAAGGAUGGCAACUCCAGGAGCAGUCUUGAGAUGCGCUCUUGCGACGUCAGCGAUGACCUUCAGACCUGGUUCUACGACGAGAGUCUCGAGCAGUUCAGGAACGGCCUCGGGAAAUGCCUCAUGGCCCCACAUGCCGGUGGCAUCCGUCAGGCAAAGCUCUCCUUCACUCCGGUCCGUGGUGGUGAAGACAUCGCCUGCCGGGGCACCGACUGGCGCGACAAUGACCGGUCGAAUUACAUCGCGUUUCUGAGAGUCGACGAUCUGGAGACGUGCCAGGGCUACUGCAGCGAGAGGGCCUCGUGCAUGGGCAUCGAGUUCAACCCCAAAAUGCGGCGCUGUGAGGUCUGGACCAAAGCCGUGCAGACCGGAGUGAUCGCAAGUGGCUUCACGUGCUACACAGCCUCGCUGGAGGAUCCCACGCUGGCAAUCUUCGAGGAAGUGGACGGGGGCUCCAACCGCGUGUGUCGAGGAGAAUCCCCAGGUGACAACAAAGCGUCGUACUUCAAGGUGACUACCGCAGAAUCGAAGGAGGCACCGGCUGUGAGGGAUUUAUUCAGGAAAACUGCGUACAGCUUACGCUUCCCAUACUCGGAUCUACGGGACUUGGGAAAUUAUGUAGGAACCUGA